ACCACUUCCACCAUCUCAGGCAUCCCAGCGACAAAUGUCUCUUUCCAAUGUUGAAUCCCAAGCCUUAGAAGAUAUCGAAAGACAACGAACACGAGCAGACCGACUUCGAUGGAUCGCCAAGCACUUUCGUGUCCUCAUCAUUGGCCGCGCCAACGCGGGGAAGACAACCAUCCUCCAGCGAGUUUGCAAUACAACGGAACAGCCGAAAAUUUUCAAUCAGAAUGGUCAUGAGAUUGACUUGUCGGAGCUCAAUCCAACUGCACAGAGAGGGGAGCAUGAUAUUGAGAAUGAAAUGAUAUUUGAGAGCAAUACAGCAUUUGUCUUUCAUGACUCACGUGGCUUCAAAGCAGGCAGAACAUCUGAGCUCGAUAAAGUCAAGGACUUUGUGCGAAAAUGUUCAACCAACAAAGAGCUCAAGGAUCAUCUGCAUGUGAUUUGGUACUGCAUCCCAAUUAAUGAUGAAGCCAGACCAUUUACAAGAGCAGAGUUAAAUUUCUUCGAUGAGUGUGGGACUGGUAGAGUUCCUGUUAUUGUCCUGUUUACAAAAGCAGAUAUGCUUGAUGCCCAAACCAUCAACUGGCUGGUUGAUACUGGAAUGGAUGCUGAAGAUGCUGCAAAUAAAGCUCCAGAAGAGUCACUUGCCAGGUUUGAAGAGAAGUUUGGUCAGCAACUCUACAAGAAAAAGUAUCCUCCCAAGGAUCAUGUGUAUUUUCGAGACAUGCAAAAUCCUACAAGUGACUGCAGUGAACUGCUGAGGAAGACAGCAGCCACCUUUUUGUAA